AUGGCCUUGAAGUCUCUCUAUGCUCUUGGACUUGUAGGGCUCACUGCCCUUUCGGUUCGCGGUCAAGCAGCCAUUUACGCGCAAUGUGGUGGUGAAGGCUUUACCGGCGACACGACUUGCGUCUCAGGUGCUGUCUGCACUGAGGUCAACUCCUAUUAUUACCAAUGUCUGGCUGCUUCUGCUACUACGGUGGCAACUGGAACUGCAACGACUACAUCUGCAGGAGCGACAGCGACCAGCACCUGUGGUGCCACCCCAGCUGCAUCUGCUGGUACACUGAGUUAUGCAGGCGUUAACAUUGCAGGCUUUGAUUUCGGUUGUGAUACCGACGGGGACUGUACCGCGAGCGGUGCCUACCCUCCCUUAACACAGUACUAUGGUGCUGACGGUGUGGGGCAAAUGACUCACUUCGUCAAUGAUGACAAUUACAACAUCUUCCGUCUCCCUGUCGGCUGGCAAUUCCUCACUAACAACGUCUUGACCGGCACUUUAAACCAAACUAACUUCGCUGAGUAUGAUACCCUCGUUCAGGCGUGCUUGGCAACUGGUGCUAGUUGCAUCAUCGACAUCCAUAACUAUGCGAGAUGGAACGGCGAGAUUAUUGGUCAAGGUGGACCUUCCAACGAAAUUUUUGCCUCUCUCUGGAGUUCGCUAGCCACCUACUACGCCACCGAGUCUAAGGUUGUCUUUGGAGUCAUGAACGAACCCCAUGAUCUUCCCAACAUUACGCUCUGGGCUGGAACAGUCCAGGCUGCUGUGACUGCCAUCCGUGAAGCCGGAGCCACCACUCAACUCAUCCUUCUCCCUGGUGAUGACUACACAUCCGCCGAGACUUUCGUCUCCAAUGGAUCCGCCGAUGCUCUCAACGAAGUGACCAACCCCGAUGGAAGUAUCACUGGUCUCGUCAUGGAUGUUCACAAGUACCUCGACUCCGAUAACUCUGGAACCAAUGCAGAAUGUGUCACCAACAACAUCGCCGACGCUUGGGAACCCCUCUCACAGUGGUUACGCUGCAACGGUCGUCAAGCAUUGAACACAGAAACAGGUGGAGGGAACGUUGCUUCCUGUGAGACGUACAUGUGCGAGCAAAUUGCAUAUCAGGCGGAGAACUCAGAUGUGAUCCUUGGAUACGUAGGAUGGGCAGCUGGUAACUUUGCUACCACUUACGUCCUCAGCGAGACACCCACUGAGAGCGGUACCACCUGGACUGACACAACGCUCGUUUCUACUUGCAUGGCACCGACCGCCAACGGAGUUGUUGCGUAA